CGCGACAGUACGGGAAGGGCAAGAUACAGUCGGGAGGUAAGGGGUGGGAAGAACGACACCACCUGUCCGCGCUUUACGGCCGAGCUGAGGCGGCACGUCAACAGCUAUGGCGGAAGGGGAAGAUUCGCCGCCGCCGCGCAGAUGGGAAAAAGAUCUUGCAGAUGCUCUAGAAGAAGGAGGCUGUGAUCUUGAAACUGUGAGAAACAUAAUACAAGGAAGGCAAUUGCCUGCUGAUCUGAGAGCCAAAGUCUGGAAGAUUGCACUUAAUGUUGUAGGAAAGGGAGACAGCCUGGCAUCCUGGGAUGGCUCUUUAGACCUACCAGAACAGAGUAUAAUUCAUAAAGAUUGCCAAGAGUUAAUUGAGCAGUUGGUGCCAGAAGAGGAGAAGUCAGUAUUACUUCUGGAUAUUGAGUCUGUUAUUACUUUUUACUGUAAGUCACGCAAUGUUAAAUACAGUUCUUGCCUUGGCUGGAUACAUCUACUCAAACCUCUGGUGCACCUUCGUUUGCCACGCAGUGAUUUGUACAACUGCUUUUAUGCUAUCAUGAAUAAGUUCAUUCCAAGGGACUGUUUUAUGAAGGGGAGGCCAUUUCAUCUGUUUAGACUACUUCUUCAGUACCACGAGCCUGAACUCUGCUCCUUUCUUGACACUAAGAAGAUGACUCCAGACUCGUAUGCACUCAACUGGCUUGGAAGCCUCUUCUCGUAUUACUGUUCAGCUGAUGUCACUCAGGCGAUAUGGGAUGGAUAUCUACAACAAGCAGAUCCAUUUUUUAUUUAUUUCUUAAUGUUAAUCAUCCUUGUUAAUGCAAAAGACGUUAUCUUAGCACAAGAAUUAGAUAAAGAAGAAAUGAUAAAGUUUUUAGAAACUUCACCAGCCAAUCUUGAUUUAGAGGAUAUAGAAGAUCUGUUUUCUUUGGCACAAUAUUACUGUAGCAAAACUCCAGCUUCUUUCAGGAAGGACAACCACAGCCUUUUUGGCAGCAGCUUGCUGGGCCUCAAGGAUGAUGAAACAGACUUGAGCCAAGCUCUCUGUCUAGCAGUUUCUGUGUCUGAGAUUCUUCAAGCAAAUCAGCAACAAGGAGAAGGAGUAAGAUUCUUUGUAGUGGAUUGUCGUCCUGCAGAACAAUACAAUGCUGGGCAUUUAUCAACAGCAUUUCAUUUAGACUCGGAUUUGAUGCUUCAAAACCCAUCAGAAUUUGCACAGUCUGUAAAGUCUCUACUAGAAGCACAAAAACAAUCUAUUGAGUCUGGCUCUAUAGCUGGUGGGGAACAUCUCUGCUUCAUGGGAAGUGGCAGGGAAGAAGAGGAUAUGUAUAUGAACAUGGUGCUAGCACACUUCUUACAGAAAAAUAAGGAGUAUGUAAGCAUUGCAAAAGGAGGAUUUAUGGCCCUCCAGCAGCACUUAGCAGAUAUCAAUGUAGAAGGACCAGAGAAUGGAUAUGGACACUGGAUUGCUAGUACCUCAGGCUCAAGAAAUAGCAUAAUCUCUUCUGUUGAUGGCGAUUCUCCUAAUGGUUCAAGUGAUGGAAAAGGAGUAAAGUCCCUAGUGAAUAAAAUGACGGUUGCUUUGAAGACUAAAUCUGUGAAUGUGAAAGAAAAAGUUAUUAGUUUUAUCGAAAAUACAUCUACUCCAGUGGACAGAAUUCCUUUCAAUAUUCCCUGGCCAGACAGAGCAAGCCUGGAGCGACAUGUCAGCAGCAGUGACAGAGUAGGAAAGCCCUACCGUGGUGUGAAACCAGUGUUCAGCAUCGGAGAUGAAGAAGAAUACGAUACUGAUGAAAUUGAUAGUUCCUCAAUGUCAGAUGAUGAUCGAAAAGAGAUCGUCAACAUCCAAACAUGGAUAAAUAAACCUGAUGUGAAGUAUAACUUCCCCUGUAAUGAAGUAAAAGAAAAUGGACAUAUGUUUCCCAGUCAUCUCCUAGUAACAGCAACCCAUAUGUACUGUUUGAGAGAGAUUCCAUCACGGAAGGGACUGGCUUACAUACAGUCUCGGCAGGCACUCAACUCUGUAGUCAAAAUCACAUCCAAGAAGAAACACCCCGAACUGAUCACCUUUAAAUAUGGAAAUAGCAAUACUUCAGGCAUAGAAAUUUUGGCAGUUGAAAGGUAUUUGAUUCCAAAUGCAGGUGAUGCUACCAAAGCCAUAAAACAACAGAUCAUGAAAGUAUUGGAUGCCUUGGAGAGUUAAUAACUAAAGACUUUGUAGAGAACAGUUUCUGAAGAAGAAGCAACCAAGAUAUUGUAUGUGGACGCAAGCUGACUGUUUCCCAACUGAAUACUAACUUCAGAGUGUUUUUCUGUUUGCUGAUGGGAGUGCCUGAGUAGCAGGCUUAAGAUAGGGUAAAUUAUUAUCAAUUUCUGAACAGGAUUUUAAUUUUUUUAUUAUAUAUUUUUUUUGUUUUGAAAAAAUGUUUAUUAUAAAGGUCAGCUUGUUUCAGUUUUAGUGCAGCUUUAAUGUUAGUGGUUUGCAAGAGAUCUUUGCAAGAUAAGGUGCAGCUGAAUUCACUUUAACCAUGUUAAAGGCUGAAGAACUGCCAGAUACGGAGAAGCCGUUGAAAUCAGAAUGUUUUUAAAUUACUGUCCCUCGGAAGUAAAAUGUCUCUAUUGCCUACAGUCUAUAAAUUUGACUUUGCCUACUGGGUAGUAUUGAAGACUGAUUAAAAACUUAGGUUUAUGAGCAGAGCAGUUGAAAAUCUUAGAAAUGUUGAUUCAUUAUCAUUAAAAAUUAUUAAAUCCAGCAUGGGCUGCAGAUAAAUGAAAAAAAUGCAAGCAAAUAUAAAACCAACUUUUUGAAAAAGUCUUAUCCACUACUAGGUUAAAUAAUUGGAAUUGGUGAUAAGGGUAUUUUUAAAUACCAAAAUGAACUAUGCACAAUAAGCUUUUACUAGAGGGUUGUGAUUUAUUGUUUUUUUCUAUUAUGCAAAAUUUUGCAUUUCAUAAGCUAGGGCUGUUUUUCUUGAUGAAUGUGUGCAUUGAAAUUGAAAUUAAUGCUUCAUGACAGAAAAUGGCAAUUGAAAACAGGUUGCCUUGCUUCUCAGAGACAAAAUGUGUAAGGUAAUUAGACCUUCAAAAACUUCCAGUUCAGCACAGAAGUAUGUGCAGAUUGAAGACAUGUUCAGUGAGAAAAUUAACACACAAAUAAAGAGAUUCAAGGGCUGUAUACCUGUGAUAAACAUAUUCAUUACCUGUUGCCUUCAUUAAUUCACGCAUUUGUUUAUAUUCUUGUAACUAACAUCUUCUAAAUUAGUUAAUGUUUGAGAAAUGGUAACAAUGUGUUUGUUUAUUAGCAGCUUUCCAUUUGUUCCAAAAACGGUUCUCUUGUUAAAAAGCUUGCUACAGGAAUGUCCUUAUGGCUGAGGCAUAGCAUUUUUGUAGACCGAUGUAGAAAUUACCAAAAACUGUGAAAUGAAGAUAAUAGGGAUUAGCUUUGCUGUGUGAAAUCAUCUGAGUAUUUGAGUCCAAACAUACAUACAAUUCAUACAGCACCAGAAGGUAAAGUAAAAUAAAUUAAACUGACCUUUAUAAAAAACAGUUCUAAGUUAUUUUACUAGGAAUCAAGCUAGGGCACCUUAAUCUGGGACUAAUUCUUUUUUUAUUUUAUUUUAUUUUAUUCCUUCUUAGUAUCUAAGUAAACACCAAUAGAACUUGAACUGUUGAAGAUAUUUGCAUGAAAUUGCACCUGGGCCAACCCUCAUGUAUUUAUAGUUUUGCCCAGCAGCUGUUGUAUUACUUUUUCCUCUUCCUACUCCCUUCUAAAAAUAUCCUGAAGAGUCUCUGACUCUGUGCCUACUUCAGCAAUGAGAUCUUUUUCAUGUAAAAAUGUUUGUGUUACUGUUUAUAAACUACAGUUGUAAAUAAACCAGUACAAUUUGAACAU